CUGUGUGCACUCUUUCUAACCUCGACAGAAGGGUUUAAAAGCGUUGGCAAGAUGGCUGCGCGCAUCGCUAGCAGAAAGCGGACGUAAACUCUUGUCGUGCAACAAGGUUCAUCUGCCCUCUCGCGCGUCAGAAAUGGUUUUACGCCUGCUCUUACGAUACCUGCUUCAUAACGAGCAGCUGAUUCAAAGGCUUGCAGAUUCUUAUCCUUUCAGACGUGCAGCUCAGCUCACUGCUCACGUAAUGCUGCGUGGAAAAGCGCUCGGACAGGAAAGCCUUGAGCUGAUGUCAACAUCUAACCUCCUGAGAACACUUAUUGAAAGGAUUGGCCGAACAACUGAGAAAGCAAAGGAUAUUUCAUCAGAUAAAGUGAAAAAGUUAGAGGAGGCCAUAAAGGAAAUGAAGAGGAAACAAGGGCUCUAGGAACUAUUUGCAAUGAAUUACCCGAUUUAAAAUAUUGCAAGUUAUGUAAGUUAUAUUGUACAUAUAGCAGCCAAAG